GGCCUGGGGGGGCAGGGGUUGAGUCUGGGGCUGGGCCUCCAUCCAGAAGCCUGGCUUUUCUGCCACUUCAGGGCCCUCUUCCCACCCCAAUGAAAGAGGGGCCAGAAGGGGCUUGGUGAGAUGCCUUGAUGCCUCUCCCCUCUGAACCCUGCAGCCAGGUCCCUGGGCUGGCGAUCGGCUGGAUGGGAGCCCAGGUCCCAGGCUAGCCAGAAGCAGCCUCUCACACUGGCUUUCUCCACCUCCUACAGCCCGUGGUAGCUUGGGUCUGGGGCACCAUGGCCCAGGCCCUGGGGGAGGACCUCGUACAAACUUCCGAGGGGCAGGAUGACUCCAGCUCUUUGGGGUCUGACUCCGAGCUGAGUGGGCCCGGCCCAUAUCGCCAGGCUGAUCGCUAUGGCUUCAUUGGGGGCAGCUCAGCAGAGCCAGGGCCAGGUCACCCUCCUGCAGACCUUAUCCGCCAGCGGGAGAUGAAGUGGGUAGAGAUGACCUCGCACUGGGAGAAAACCAUGUCUCGGCGGUACAAGAAGGUAAAGAUGCAGUGCCGGAAAGGCAUCCCCUCGGCUCUGCGGGCCCGCUGCUGGCCCCUGUUGUGCGGGGCGCAUGUGUGUCAGAAGAACAGCCCAGGCACCUAUCAGGAACUGGCCGAAGCCCCUGGAGACCCACAGUGGAUGGAGACCAUCAGCCGGGAUCUGCACCGCCAGUUUCCUCUACACGAGAUGUUUGUGUCGCCCCAGGGUCACGGGCAGCAGGGGCUCCUGCAGGUACUCAAGGCCUACACCCUGCAUCGGCCUGAACAGGGCUACUGUCAGGCCCAAGGCCCUGUGGCCGCUGUGCUGCUUAUGCAUCUGCCCCCAGAGGAGGCCGUGCAGCUGGACGCCGAGGUGUUCACGGCUCUGCUUCGACGGCUGCUCCCGCGCGUGCACAAGCACCUGCAGCAGGUGGGCGUCGGGCCUCUGCUCUACCUGCCCGAGUGGUUCCUGUGUCUCUUCGCCCGCUCCCUGCCCUUCCCCACCGUGCUGCGUGUCUGGGACGCCUUCCUCAGCGAGGGCGUGAAGGUGCUGUUCCGAGUAGGGCUAACGCUCGUGCGCCUGGCGCUGGGCACCACAGAACAGCGCCUGGCCUGCCCCGGGCUCCUGGAGACCCUCGGUGCCCUGCGAGCCAUCCCACCCACCCAGCUGCAGGAGGAGGUCUUCAUGUCCCAGGUGCACAGCGUGGCCCUGUCUGAGCACGACCUGCAGCGGGAAAUCAGGGUCCAGCUGGCCCGGCUGCCUGAGUCCACGUCCGGGCCACCCCCCAGGCCUCAGGCCCGCCUGCCUGGGGCCCAAGCCAUCUUUGAGGCCCAGCAGCUGGCAGGGGUGCGAGGAGACACCAGGCCCGAGGUGCCCCAAAUCGUGGUGCAGCCCCCAGAGGAGCCCAGGCCAACGAGGCGCAAGCCCCAGACCCGAGGCAAGACCUUCCAUGGGCUCCUGACUCGGCCCAGGGGUCCCCCUCUGGAGGGCCCUUCCAGGUCUCAUCGAGGCUCCACCUCCUUCCUGGAUACCCGGUUCUGAAGGUUCGACUUCUGAGGGCAUCACGGACUCAGUGUCCCCGAAGCCCGAUUGCCCGAUGGGCUGAUGCCCGCCUCAGAAAUGGGCCCUGCACUUUACCGCUGGGGUCUGGCGUCUCCCUGGCCAGGAACUGUGCGACACGAGGAUGAAGGAAGGCCACGGAGUGCGGUGUCGCGGGCCCGGGCCUGCCGUUCUCCCGCGGAGCCAUCCUGGUGCCCCCGCCCUUGCAAAUAUGGAAGCGGGCACAGAAGGAGUGCGGGGUGCAGGGCACCUGGCUGGGCUAGGGGACCCCAAAGGGCUCCUGGAGAGACCUAGAAUAAAUCUCACUGAGCAGAA